AAUCUUGUUUAUAUCUCUUUUUUUAAGAGUACAAUCUUGUUUAUAUCCUGCUAAGAUGCAUCUACGUGGAUAUGUGUGUGCGUGUUUCCGACCUAUACUAAAAAAAAGGUUGUUCUAGAUGGAUAGAAGAGCUUCCCCUCUAGCAAAAAAGAAGAACUCCUAAUCCAUCUGACUCUCGCCGCUAAGCAUCGAACGCGUCAUUGCCGCUACAUCGAUGAUGCCUUCUCCUCAUCCUCCGAUGUCGCCGCUGAACAAGUGCUGCCGCUGCUCCUCCUCGCCGCCGAAGCAGCAGCGAGCCGCGGGCACCAAGCAGACCAUAUGCGGAGGAGCGCGGGUGCUGGUCACCAGGAGAGGGCACGCCGCUUCCCUCCUCAUUGGCCUCGCGGGCGCGGUGGCGUCGGCGCCGGUCGCCAGGGCGGAGGAGAGCGGCAGCGACGAGGGCGUCCUCGGCGCCAUCAAGUCCGUCUUGGACCCAAACGAGAAGACCAAGGCAGGCAAGGUGCUGCCCAAGGCGUACCUCAAGGCAGCGAGGGAGGUGGUGCGCACGCUCCGGGAGUCCCUGGAGGAGGAUGACGGCGGCGACAUGGCCAAGUUCCGGCGGAACGCCGACGCCGCCAAGGAGUCCAUCAGGGAGUUCCUGGGCGGAUGGAGAGGCCAGCAGGCCGUCGCCGCCGAGGUGAUAGAUGUUCAUUUCCUGCCUGUUCGACUCCAGGAAUCGUAUGCUGCGUUGGAGAAGGCGAUCAGAUCGCUGGCGGCGUUCUACUCCAAAGCAGGACCCUCCGCUUCGCUUCCACAGGAUGUGAAGAACAAGAUCCUGGAUGAUCUCAACACGGCAGACGCCUACCUGUAAAAUGUUGCCUUUUGCAACAUUGUACUGCAUCUCAACGUUGAGGAUUGCUUUUACCUGCCAAACUUCGUAGACACAGAGUAAACGCAUUCAUAGCAGAAGGCUGCCAAGACA